GAUCAAACAAGAUGUCUGCGCCCUUUGUUUUUGUUUAGACUUGUUUCUCUGUAACGAAAUAUAUCGUUUUUAUCAAUUUUAGUGGUCUAACACUUGGUGAAAAGAUGGCAUCCCAAACUUCUUCUGGAGGCAGAGAAUGGAAAGACUGGGUUGGUGAGUUGUUCGAGCCUAUCUAUGGAGCCACCAUCGAUGACCUCGUGGCAGGUGAAAAGGAGGCAGAAAAUAAACCACGUGUAAAACAUAUCUCCGUACAUGAUCCAGAAGCUGUGAGAAAGGUUUAUGAAAGGGUGCACAUGAUGACUCUGUUAGAUGAGGAAAUGCGGGCACAGAAACGGAACCCCCAACAGGGACCACCCCAACCUACGACUGACCCAAAACCUCAACCAUCAGAGAGACCUCACCUUCAGUUGUCACAGAAUCUAGAUGGAGGACAGAAGGAGAAUGAGGCUUGCAUCUGGGAUUCCUCUGAGAUUGGUCUAUUGCGGGAUGCUUACAGAAAACUCAAAGAAGACAGUAUUGAAGCAAUGGUCCAUGUUCGAGAAACAGUUAAGCGAAAUGAGGAAUUAGAAAAGCUGUGUGCUGAACAGAAGAAGACGAUUAAUGUUCAGAAAGGUCAAUUAUCUGAGGCAAGAAUUGCUAACAAAAGGCUGAAGAUUCAUGUGGAUAGUUUAUCUGAGGAAGUACAAUAUUUGACUGCUAAAACUGGUGCUAUGGAAGAAGUCAUUAAAGAAGUGAAGGUUGAACAUUCUGAUAUGGUAAAAGAAUUACAUGAAAACAGAGUUACCACUGAUAAAGAGAGAAUGCAAAGGAGUAGAAUUCAGAUGAAGUUGGAUAGCUUAAAGCAAGAAGCUUUGGCAGAUAAACUUGCUGCUGAGGAUAAGAUACGAACUCAGUGUAGAAAAGCAAUCCAUGAUCUCAAAGAACAGGUUAAGAAACUUGAUAAGGAAUUGAAAGAAGAGAAACAAAAGCGAAUUGUGACUGAAAAAGGAUUGAAACAUUUAAGAAAUCAUUUUUCUAGUUUGUCUGUUCAAGAGAUUUUGCCGGAGAGUAUUGUCAAUAAAGAUCAAGUUGGGUAUGUUCAGUAUUGAAAAAAUGAAAUACUAAAUAAUGCUGUGAUAUUGUUUUGUUUACCGUUAUGUUUAAUGCGAAUUAUUUCAUGUGUUUAUAUUUGUAGUUAAUUGUUAAAGUGAUCUUAAGAAUAAAUGGUAA